AGACGUCCUGAUGCCUCGUCCUUGACCUAAUUUACGCCAUCUUGGUGGGCCUCCUCUGCUCGGCCGAGAAGCCCGUAGACGUCCGAGCAGCCGCUGAGCCGAAUGUACUUCAGUCGAUGAUGAUUGACUAAAAGCACUCAAGAGUCAAGCCGAGAGACCUGACUUUUGAGCCGACCGAUCAUGCCGUCGCUCUACUUAAUCCGGGGCAGGCUUUUCUAUUCCUCGGGCCUUGUGGGAUGGUCAAAUCCAUCCUCUACAAUUGUAGUAUAUCAAAACGGGUCCCACCCACGCGCCGCUUCUUUACUUAUGAGUCUGACUCAUCGCCAAAGAAAAAUCAUUAAAAAAGAAAAUCGUAUCUCUCUCUCUCUCUCUCUCUACGCUUACGCCGGCAUACUCUCCGGGCAUCUCUUCUCCGUCGCUCAGAUCCGUCAAGUGAAACCAGAAGGUGGAGGCUUCUUCUCUUCAUCAGCUUCUGGGUACAUCAACGGUUUAGCCCUUCUUCUACUAGGCCACAAGGAUGAACCCAAACCUGUAAUAGUAUCCCCGUGGAGACAUUAUCAUUUGGUAGUCGAAGAAACCGAUACCAAGUUUCAAUUAGAUUCCUCUAAGAAAUGGCUCUCACGUGCCUGCACUUCCCUUACAUGCUUUGGUCGCAAAUCUGAUAGACCCGAAAAUCCUUCUCAACCACAAGAUUUCCCUUCUGACAAGAGGGAUGAUGCCCAACAGAGUGUGGACUAUGAAUGUAGUAAUAGGUUUGCACUUAAGAGCAGCCUGAAGAAAAGAUCAUUUAGCGAUGCUCUUCUUGCUGAUGAAGAGGAUGAUGAUGUGAGUAGAGAUAAUGGUGCGUUGAAUCAUGCUGACAGAAGGAAAGUCCAGUGGCCUGACACUUGUGGUAUUGAGAUUGCUGAGGUCAGAGAGUUUGAGCCUAGGUAUUUGUGGAUUCCUUUUUCUUAUGAAAUUACACUCCAAUCUUUGUAUGUGUGGCUCAUUAUAGAUGUCUGAUUUGGCGUAUGUUUAGAAUAGGGAAUAAAUAACCUGUAUUCUAUAAAUGCAUAUAUCGUUUCCUGAGAUUUGAUAAGUAGUAACACUCUAGAUUAUGAAUAAGCAGCAGUUCAAUGGAAUAAAAAUAUAUAUUGAACUCGUUCAUUCUUUGAAUACAUGCUACUCUUAGUUUCCCUUAUGUAGACUGGUGAUGUUUAUACACAACAGUUUUCUUUGUUCUUAAGAAGCUGUGUUGUACUUGUUAUCUAUCAUUCACGUUUUGUCUUUAUUUUCUUUUCCACUUGUCAUACCAAGUACCAACGUUGCUCCUCUUAAGGUUCUAUUUUGCUCUGAAUGAAUAUGCAGUGAAGUGGAUGAGUUGGAUGAUGAGUUGCAUCAUGGAAAUAGAAAAAGCUGUAUGUGCACAAUCAUGUGACCAGAUCUUCGAUCAAGAAGAAGCUAAAGGCAUGUUUUCAGACACAAAAGGGCUUUCAUUGGCGCAGCUCAUAUUGUUGAAUGUUGAGAUAGAUGCGCUCUGUUUCUGGCCAAGUUCUUGUGCACCUUUGACAUAUAUAUAUAUGGAGAAAGAGUUUUGGAUAAGAAGAGGAACUUAUUGGAUGUGUACCUUUUGUAGCCACUUAAUGAUUUGUCCAAUUUGUGCUGUGUUAUAGUGAGAUUAUUCAAUGUAACAUCAUCUGUCUAUGGAACCCUCUGUCCUGUAAUGAUAAAAAAAUCCACACCACAACUUUUGGA